AUGGCGGGAUUGCAAAAAUUAUUGAAAAUAUUUUGUAUUACGGCAUUAUGCGUCUUAGUUUUUGUGUUUCCUUUUGUGGUGGCUGAUCGGCUUAAUGUACCCCGCGUUUUGUUACCGGUUUUCAAUGAUAAUCCUGUCAAUUUCACUCUUGAAGUUACUCAUGGUGGUUGCUAUCAAUGGUCUACUUCACGACCAGACAUUAUACGUUUAAUACCUAUAAAUGAAGAUUACGAUAAUACAUGCUCUAUAGAAGUUGUAGUUCAAACGGUUACUAGAGACCCUACUAGAAAAACUGCUAUUGUUUUAGCUGAAGAUGUAGUGACUGGUAAUUUUUUAAGAUGCGAUGUUAUAGUGGAUGCGAUAUUUUCCUUAAACAUAGUUACUACGACAAGAGAACUAUUUAUUGAAGAAGCUCCAGAAGCUUUUGAAGUGAGGGCUUACGAUGAGCAAGGAAACGAAUUUACUACUUUAUCUGGCAUUGAAUUUAGUUGGGAAAUAAGGAACAUUGAUAAGAAAGGUGUACAAUCCAAUAGUUUUCCAAAUAAUGUGUUACGUUUUAUUACUUUCCAAGAAUCUCCUUAUGAAACACCAUCUUCUAUUGAAAUGCUGGAUGCUAUUGGUAAAACUGGAAAUAUCAUUUUGUUGGAGGGAAUAAAAACUGGUACUGCAAAAGUAGCUGUGAAAAUUUUAUACCCAGAAUAUAGACAUGUACCUCCAGUGGAAGUAGAGCUUAUUGUUGUUGCAAAUCUUAUUAUUAUACCAUCAGAUGUUACAAUGAUGUCAUUUGACAGUUUUAAGUACAGAGUAGUUCAGGUUCACCAAGGCAGGCUUGAAGAAAUAAAUAUUCCAUUGAGCCAAUAUUACUUAGAAGCUGAAAAUCCUGAAAUUUUGGAAAUUAAUAAUGCAAAGGCUAAUGCUUAUGCUUUGAUGGAUGGAAAAUCAAAAGUUCUUUUACAUGACAAAAAUGUUCACGAAGAAUAUGGAGUUAUUUUGCCUACUGCAACCGUUAAUGUAAAGGAAGUGGCAUCAAUUUCAAUUUCUGUUUUGCCACAUAGAAAUCGGUUUCUUAUUCUUGGUUUUACACACGAGAUUAUUGUUGAAAUGUUUGAUAGGGAUGAUUACAAAUUUUAUAUAGGUGAAGGUGUCGAAAUGACUACGAAAAUAAAUGAUAAAUAUUUUGAUACAAAAUUCACAACUCGGAAUGGAACUCAUGUUGUAGUUGUACCAACAGCAACAGGAACAACUGAAGUGGAAGCAACUUUACAUGGUGUGAUUAAUCAGAAAGGCGAGAGAAUUCCGAUUUAUCCAAAACUCACUAGUAACACAGAGCUUACAAUUCAAUCUGCGGUAACUAUUCAUCCACGAAUGUUAGCUUUACCAUGGGAUCCUAAAGUAAAAACGAGAUACGAUGUAGCUCUUAAAGCAAGCGGUGGCGAUGGAUCAUAUGUUUGGAACAGCCGUCAGCCUUCGAUCGUUAGUGUUUCUCAAAGUGGAGCCUUAAAAAUAUUGCAAAAAGGAACUGCUGACAUCACUGUAUCUUUAUUUCAAAAUGGGAAUAAUCGUGAUACUGCGAAACUUCACGUCUUGGAGCCAAAAAAAUUAGAAAUAAUACAAUAUAAUAUGGAGGCAGCUGUAGGUGAAGUAAUUCAUCUUCAUAUUGCUUUAUUUGGAGAGUCAUACGAUGGGUCUGAAUUUCGAUUAAUUCCAUUCAAUGAUUGUCAAGAUUUAUUCUUUGAAGUUGACAUUCCAGAUGGUAAUUUCAUUGCAAUUGAAAGCGAAGCUGUUGAACCUGUUAGUAUUGCAUGUGCGACAAUUAGUAUCGUUAGUCAAAUUAUCGGCGUCUCCAAAGUUUCGGUUACUUAUGGUAGAAAUUUAACCGAUAAUAUUACUGUGUCAGCUUACGAGCCUCUUAUUGUGGUUCAUCCAGUAAAAGCUGAAACAGUUUUAUCCGUGGGUUCAUCGCGAAACAUUAUUUUCAAAGGCGGACCUCAGGCUUGGUCCGAAAUAAAGCGGGAUUAUCAGAGAGAAGUUAGUAUAAGCGAUGAAAGUAUUCUGGAAGUUGUAGAGCAAGAAUCGUCUUACGAAGCCGAAAUUUCUAUAUUCAAAGUUUUAUGUAAAGCACUUGGCGAAAGCUAUUUGACCUUUAGUGUUUAUAAUACGCCCAUACUUCCAUCAUGUAAAGUAGGUGAAGCUGUUGCCAAUGUGAAAGUUAUCUGCGGAAGACCUCGUUUUAUUUAUCUGCAGCCAGAAUUUCGAGAUGGAAAGAAUUGCCCCAUAAAUCAGAAUACUGAACGCAUCGUUACACAUAGUGAAGAGACAUUACGAUUAAUCGUUAUUGUAAAAGACGAGGAAGGACGACGUUUCGAUAAUAUAACAAGUUUAAACAUUGAUUGGAGCAUAAAACCCUUUGGAAAUGCAAUUAUUGAUGUUUCAAUUGGCAGUUUAGAAGAAAGCCAUUACGAGUACCAGGUUUUAUUACCUAAGCAUCAUUAUCAACAGAUCACACCAAAAAAAUAUACUGAUUCGCUAAUUUUAAAAGCCAAAAUAACAGGAUAUCAGAAAAACAUUCUCUCAAGAUUCAGAAUCACGCCCGAAUAUCCUCCAUUUCCAAUUGAAAGCGAGAAUGGGAUUAUAGCAACUCCGUCGAUCGAAGCCAAUGUUAAUAUUUUCCUUGUUAACGAUACCGUCAUAGUCCCGGGUAGUUUGAAAAUCUUAAACGAUCCCAACAGCAAGUACUAUCUGCAAGUGAACCAAGGCUCGGGCUAUUACGAUCUUGUCUUGAGUAACGAAGAGGUAGCCGAUGUGCGCUACGUCGAGCCGACUCGGACUAUUAGUAUAGUACCGAGAAAAUCGGGAAUGCUGACAGUCGCGCUUCUCGAUCUCUGUUUAUCGUCGAAGGCCGCGGAGGUGGACAUCGAGGUGCAGCAAUUAGCGAGUCUCGAGAUCGAGAGUGUGAAUAAAGUGGAGAAGGGAAAAUACAUUACGGCUCAUCUACGGCUUUAUGAUACAAAUGGAUUCCUGAUGAUGCUGCCAGCGCUCGAUAUGCUGGAUAUUAAAGUUGAGAUUGAGAAUGGCUUCAUCGAUGUUAAACGUGUGCCUACCAAAGAACAAGCUAAUCCACCAUUCGAUAAAGUUUUGUUACUAAUAUACGGCCUGGAAGAAGGGGAGACUCAAGUUGUAUUUAGUAGCCGACAAGGCACUAACGAAGUUCGAAGUGAAACCAUUAUUAUACAAGUAUUUCCUCCUCUUCGAGUUUUGCCUAAGAAUCUCACUACGCUCGUUGGUACUAUUUAUCAAAUUUCAAUCGUCGGGGGACCGAAAAAUGUAGAAAUUGAAUUCUCUACGGAGAACGAUGAAAUAUUGGAAAUUGAAAACACCGGGGUAAUUGAAGGGAAGGCUACCGGCCAAACGACUAUUUAUGCCAAAUCUGUUGGAGAGGAUUCAAUGGGGAAAAAAGUAAUUUUCUCUCAAGAUUCUGCAGAAGUGCGAGUUAUUUUAUUAGAAGGAGUUAAAGUAAUUGUUCCUACAUUAAAAGUAAAAGUUGGUGCUGUAAUUCCAGUAUGGAUUUUUGGAAUUCCUGAUCAUUUAACUCCAUUGAUAAUAGGCUCGAUGAAAUCUCCUCUGGUAUUCUCGUGGUCAAUGAGCGAUUCUAAUAUUAUGAGUCUACACAGUAUGUACGAACGAACUGGAAUAAAUAUUAGAUAUCAGAAUGAAGUUACAUUAAGAGCUAAAGCAAACAAAGCUGGAGUAGCGACGAUUUCUUUGAUUGUGACGACGCCUUGCAAUGUUCCUGGUGGAUGCCGAAUACAGCCAAGCUUUAGCUCUUCUGUGAAAAUAGAGAUUUUCGAGGAAUUGCGAUUGACAAAUGAGGGCGCAACAUCGGAAUCCUUAGUUUUGCUAAUGGCCCCAAAUUCAUCGAUGAAACUCCAAACAAAUCGUGAUAAAUUCGGAUUAACAACAUACAAAAUUAUUAAUGCACAAAUCGGUGGAGAUACCGAUGAUCCAAAUGCUUUGGCAUCCUUGUCAAGUAUUAUUACCAUUGACAAAAAUGGACUUUUAAGAUCUGGAGAGCAUUAUGGAAGUGGAAUUGUAUCAGUUACCAACAGUGAAGCAUACAGUACAAAGCAAACAUUGAUGAUCACAGUUUAUAUCAAACCAAUCCAUUAUGUAAUGUUGUCUUUAAAGUCAAAUGUUCGUAUUCGAAAUGACGAAGAACUUACAAUGUUACCAAAAGGCAUGGAUUUAAAUUAUGUUCUUGAAUAUUUUGACUCUAUCGGAUCUAAAUUCCAUGCUGCCGAUGUGGAUUUUAGAACUUUAUCGAGUCGGACCGAUUUAGUAACGUUUACUGAAAACGAAAAAAAUAUUUUAAACGCCAAGUUUUUGGAAAACGGUGAACUUGUUGUCAAGAUUUACAAUGAAAAAUAUCCAAAUGGAAUGUUUGACUAUGUUCAUAUGCUUAUUGGAGAUGUUCUUUUUCCAACUAAGACUCAUAUUACUGUGGGAGAUGUUGUUUGCUUUUCAAUGCCAUUUUUAUCACCCGACGGAGACCCUGGAUUCUGGCAAUCAUCAGCACCAGAAGUUUUACAAGUGGAUCCUUUAAUUGGUAUUGGUAAAGCUCGGAGUUCUGGAACUGCUAAUGUGAAGCAUAGUAUCGCAACACAUUUACGCGAUGAAGUCGAAAUUACUGUUAGUCCUAUUGCCAAAAUUACGCUUAUACCACAAAAGGGUAAAAAUGUUACUGGCACAGAGGUUUUCAGUAUACCCUUGAUUCUAAAAGGCAAGCAUGAAAUGGUUAAAGAAAAUAACGUUAUUUCAAGAGGUCUUACUGGUUGUAGAACAUUAUCGUCGUUCUCCUUGAGUCAUCCUCCAUUCGUUUGUACUAUUCAGCUUUCACCAUUACACUCGGUUAUAAGCAUAAAGGAUCUUUUCUACGCUAAGCAGCGUUUUGAUAUUGUAACGGGAUUUUAUUAUUGUGAUAUUAUACCAAUGGGACUGCCAUCUAUAAUUUCCAGUACAUUGGAGACUAAAUUAAGGAUAAAUGCAUUGAGCAGGGACAUCGAGAGUAUGCCAGUUGAAGUACCUUAUCUUCCACCUAUGUACAUUUCUACAAGAGAAAUAAUAUUUUUGAGUUCAUUAGGACAAGAAAUACCCACAGCUAAUCUCGAUAUAUAUGGACUUCCAUAUGUUUUAAAACAUAUUAUUAUCGAAGCUCCCGAAGAAGUCAGCGUUGGUGCUCGUCAGUUUAUUUCUAAAAAUGUAGCGCAAUUCAAAUUAAGUUUAACACAAAAUGAAGACGAGGUUCAAGGUCAUAAAAUAAUCAUCACGAAUGAACUUAUUAAGCAAAAUAUUUCACUUUUGAUCAGAGUGCCGAAAUACAAUCAGUUUCCAAGAAUUUCAGGAAUACAUUGGGUUGAUUAUAUGUACUUCCAUAGAUAUACUUUAGGAACUCUUGUUAUACUUUCAAUUUCGUUCUUCCAUUUCUGGAAAAAUAAAAUAACGAAUGUUGAUAUGUCAGUGAAGAAUAAAAAUGUUUUUGCUGAAAAAUGUUCACCACCAGUAAAAAAGGCUACACCCUGUUCAACAUUAUUCAAUAACGUAUCUGGCUCAUCUAGUCCUGGAAAUCCUGUUUCACCAUUUAGGCCAUUUUCUGCUUUCGAGCCAGUUUACGGUGAUCCUCGAGGUUUCUUUACGCCGAAUACGCGACGAAAUAGAACUUGAUUAUAAAUUUCUGUUGUAUAUAUAAGUAUUUGCCGUCAUUAAAAAAUACAAAAUUUCUUUAAGUAGUUAACUAACUUUUGCCAGAUUGACGUUUUCUAUAUAAUAUUACGGGUUGUACUUUAAAUUUAAGAAGUACGAAGGCUUGCUUAUUAUUCAGUGACGUACUUGAUAUUUGUUAAGGAAUGACCACGGUAUAUAAAUUGUAAUUAAUAUAAGACUAAAGCGAAUAUUAGAAUGAAAGGUUAGUAUCAAUUAAUACAAGUAAAA